AUGUGUGAAGAGUUCUAUUUUGAGCAUGAAUACGAAAACAUUCGUCAACAUGAGCAAUCAAUCGGUAUUGACCUGGCAAAACGAUUUAUAAAAUGUGCAUGUGAAAAGCUAGAUACUGGAUUAUGCCAACAUUAUUUCAUAGAUCAAAUUAAUAUACUAGCUUCGUAUAAUUCAGAUUUACUAAAACAAGCUUCUAGGCCAUUAUCUAACGACGUUGAUAUUGAGUUCCUAUUUUCGUACGACGUUCACUAUCCAGCAGUUGAAAAUGUUAUACGUUUUUCACCGGAAAUGGUGCAGAAAUAUCGUCAAUUUCAAAUGAAUAAUUUUGAUGAACAAACCAAUAUUUAUAUUCCGAAGACGUAUGAUUCAUCGCUAGAACAUCUUUACCGAGACUGGCUGGCUAUUGAAGAAAAUGACGAAAAUUGGUGGGAUAAGUGGAAUGAUAUUAUUUUACGUGACAGUGCGGAACCUGCUGCUGAUCUCCGCUUUUUAACUCUGUCGGAUAUUGUAUCGAUUGUUUUUUUCUUUACGUGCGAUCUUCGACAACGGUGGUCCGUCAUUAAAUACAUGAUGUUUGAAGACGAUACAAUGAAGGAAUUUAUUAUAAAUAAUCGGCAAUCAUUUGUUAAUUAUGCUAUUCGAUUGUCUGAACGAUGGAUCUAUGAUUCAGUAUUGACUCAGCUGAGAGACGAUCCACAUUAUCAAAUUAUACAACGGAAUACGGCACAUCUUGUUCCUCCCAAUGUCAUGGCAUACUUCGGUAACGACGAACAAAAUCCGAUUAAUUUCUUGCUAGUGCCCGAAGAAAAUCUAUCACUUCGAAUUGAUAUUGUCUUAGAUGAUUACUGGAGAACAUAUUUGCCUAAUUUGAUUGAAUAUAUGUUAUUAUUAACAGCUGCCGGAUACUUCAUUCUUAAAUUUAUGUUUGCUAUUGAUCAAAACUAUCAACAGACAAAUCCAAUACGUGCUCGAUUUUUGCCAUUGAUAAAAUUUAUUAGUCUAUUGAGAAAAUUUGCUCAAAAAGGUAAAUGGCUUUUGUUGAACUGGUGGCGAAAAAUGAAAAAUAAUUUUUGUUUGAAAGACACCAGAAGGAAUUUUUGA